AACACAGCAGCUCAGCGCGGAGAGGUGAUGGGAAUGCAGGGGCCUGUGCGCGGCGGUCUUUUCCUUUAUUACCUGUGACUGUUUGUUAUAUUCAUAUUCCCGCCAGUUAACGCACACCACACGUAGAAAAGUUGCAGCACCUCAGACUAGUGGCACAUGUGGUAGUGUGGAGGCUGUGGUGGGCAGUGUGGUGGCGUGUGGUGGCCUGGUGGUGGUGCGUGGUGCUGCGGAGCCCGGGCCAGCGCCAUGGUGGGGAUGCGGGGCAAGGUGUUAGCGGAGUGGAAGAAGAGGGUCAAGUCAGAGUACACGCGGCUCAGGUCCUUGAAGAGGUUCAAACGUGCGGACGAGAUCAAGGCGGCGUGGAACGACAACCGCAGCAAGCUGAACGAGUUGUUAGAGCAAGAGGACCAAACAGUUAUAGGUAUGGGUCCAGUUUGGGUUUGUUCAGUGGAGGCUCCAGCCCACCAAGCUGUUAUGAGGCGAACACAUGUCACUUCUUCAUGUGGUGAACCCCUGUCAAUACCCAUCAAGACCAUCAAUGCUGUGAAUCCCAUUCCAACCAUGUACACCUGGGCACCUUUGCAACAAAAUUUUAUGGUUGAGGAUGAAACAGUUCUUCACAAUAUCCCAUACAUGGGAGAUGAAGUGUUAGAUCAAGAUGGCAAAUUUAUUGAAGAGCUCAUCCGUAAUUAUGAUGGGAAGGUUCAUGGAGACAGGGAGACUGGCUUCAUUGAUGAUGAAAUAUUUGUUGAGCUGGUGGAUACUUUAGUUCAACAGUACCAGAUGAAAGAAGUUGCCAAAGAUAAAACUGAAAAGAGAAUAGUCGUAAGAAAAGAACCAAAGACCAAAGACAAGGAAGAUGAAGAUGAAGAGGAUGAAGAAGAGGAGCAAGAAGAAGAAGAAGAUGAUGAAGAGGACAGCAUUGCUAACAGAGAGGAUGAUUAUUGGGAAGGCUCAAGCAAUUCAGGAUCAAAAGAUUUUCCAUGCUUUGCCAUAUUCCAGGCCGUGUCAGCUCUUUUUCCUGACAAGGGUUCUGCAGAUGAACUCAAAGAAAAAUACAUAGAGUUGACAGAUCCUACUGCCUUGCCUCCUGAGUGUACUCCCAACAUUGAUGGCCCUAACGCUGAGAGUGUUCCUCAAGAGCAGACGAUGCAUUCUUUUCACACACUUUUCUGCAGACGAUGCUUCAAGUAUGACUGCUUUCUGCACCCCACCAAGGGAAGCACAGACGCCCCAGGGCUAGCCACAUCCCAUCCCCGACCUCAUGGUGGCAAACGGAAGAGUCCGGAGCUGAGGCCACUUUCUGAACCCUGUUCCCCCUACUGUUAUUUACACUUGCCAGAUGCUAAGGAAAAGAUGGCAUUUGCUGCCUCAUCUUUAUCAUCCGAAAAAUUGAGGGAUGAAAAUGAAUCUUCCAAUGAAGGUAAACCACGGAAGAUUCGCAAACAUGCUUCCGUUGACUCAGGGAAUGAAGCCAGCUCGGAGGAUAGCAAUGACAGCAUGCGGAUGAACAGUCGGAAGUUGGAGAAGACACUGCCAUGUGUUGAUUUUGACUGUAAAACCUCAGUACUUGUAAAUGGCAAUGGCACCUUAGGAAGUGUACAUAAUAAACGCUUACUAGGUGGAGAUGGUGACAUUGUACGCACAAACAACAAGUAUGUCUAUACCAAGCCUGUAAGUCCUGAUAGCUUAGUGGAAAAAUUAAUGGACACAACUGAUCCCUGCAACUUAGGAACGUGGCUAGGCUCCGAAGCCUCCAUGUUCAGAGUCCUACACAAGGUGUUUCUCAAUAAUUAUUGUGCCAUUGCUCAAGCAAUUCUCACCAAAACAUGUCAGCAGGUAUACUACUUUGCACAAAAAGAAGCAACAGACCUUCCAGCAGAUGCCAGUAUCAAGGACAACACACCACCGAGGAAAAAGAAGAAAAAACAUCGUCUCUGGUCCAUGCAUUGUAGAAAAAUUCAGCUGAAGAAAGAUUCUUCAAGCAAUCAUGUAUACAACUAUUCCCCUUGUGACCAUCCAAACCAGCCCUGUGACCAAAAUUGUGCUUGUGUUAUGACACAGAACUUCUGUGAAAAAUUUUGUAACUGCAGCCCAGAUUGUCAGAAUCGGUUCCCUGGAUGUAGAUGCAAGGCAUCCUGUAAUACUAAGCAGUGUCCAUGUUUUCUGGCUGUGCGGGAGUGUGAUCCUGACCUCUGUGUUACCUGUGGAGCCCAUGAAUUCUCUAUUAACAAAAUUACCUGCAAGAAUGUUUCAGUUCAGAGAGGAUUACAUAAACACCUCCUUAUGGCUCCAUCUGAUGUAGCAGGCUGGGGUAUUUAUCUCAAGGGUUCUGCUCAGAAGAAUGAAUUCAUAUCAGAGUACUGUGGUGAAAUAAUCUCCCAAGAUGAAGCUGAUCGUCGUGGGAAAGUGUACGACAAGUACAUGUGCUCCUUUUUGUUCAACCUCAAUAAUGAUUUUGUUGUGGAUGCAACUCGAAAAGGAAACAAAAUUCGGUUUGCUAACCAUUCAAUUAACCCUAACUGCUAUGCCAAAGUUAUGAUGGUGAAUGGUGACCAUCGUAUAGGAAUAUUUGCCAAGAGACACAUUCAGUCAGGAGAGGAACUCUUCUUUGAUUACAGAUAUGGACCAACAGAACAAUUGAAAUUUGUUGGCAUUGAAAGAGAAAUGGAGUUUCUUUAAGAGAUGCCAUCAUGUAGUUGAACAAUUACAUUUUUUACAAUCCAUGUUUUGUAUUGAUCUUCUGUCAUCUUGAAUUAUGUGCCCAUGUGGUGCACAUUUUAGAAACUAUUAAAUGCAACAGUUGUUCAAGUUGAAUGUUCAAUAAAACUUUAAAAAUCUA